AUGCACAUGGAUGUAACACUGAAAGAGUCAACAAAUCAGACAUGUAAAGGACAAACUUCUGCACUAUAUUUCCCGGCCUGCACACACUCCUCUCCAUCGCACACGCUCCUGCCCGUCACACACACUCCUCUCCAUCGCACACGCUCCUGCCCGUCACACACACUCCUCUCCAUCGCACACGCUCCUGCCCGUCACACACACUCCUCUCCAUCGCACACGCUCCUGCCCGUCACACACACUCCUCUCCAUCGCACACGCUCCUGCCCGUCACACACACUCCUCUCCAUCGCACACGCUCCUGCCCGUCACACACACUCCUCUCCAUCGCACACGCUCCUGCCCGUCACACACACUCCUCUCCGUCGCACACGCUCCUGCCCGUCACACACACUCCUCUUCGUCGCACACGCUCCUGCCCGUCACACACACUCCUCUCCAUCGCACACGCUCCUGCCCGUCACACACACUCCUCUCCAUCGCACACGCUCCUGCCCGUCACACACACUCCUCUCCAUCGCACACGCUCCUGCCCGUCACACACACUCCUCUCCAUCGCACACGCUCCUGCCCGUCACACACACUCCUCUCCAUCGCACACGCUCCUGCCCGUCACACACACUCCUCUCCAUCGCACACGCUCCUGCCCGUCACACACACUCCUCUCCGUCGCACACGCUCCUGCCCGUCACACACACUCCUCUCCAUCGCACACGCUCCUGCCCGUCACACACACUCCUCUCCAUCGCACACGCUCCUGCCCGUCACACACACUCCUCUCCGUCGCACACGCUCCUGCCCGUCACACACACUCCUCUCCGUCGCACACGCUCCUGCCCGUCACACACACUCCUCUUCGUCGCACACGCUCCUGCCCGUCACACACACUCCUCUCCGUCGCACACGCUCCUGCCCGUCACACACACUCCUCUCCGUCGCACACGCUCCUGCCCGUCACACACACUCCUCUUCGUCGCACACGCCUGUGGCUUUGGUCCAGACGCUCUCCUCACAGAUCGCUCCAUCUCGGGGGGUGCUGCUUCCCUCCUCACGGGGCCCGUGCUUCUUCCACACUCAGCCGCACAGUUUCCAUAG